AAUAUCAUCAAAAGAUUACCAACGAACCAUUUCUCCAAUCUCCACGUAUCUACCCUCUCCUCGCCGGCCGGAGAGAGAACAACUAAAAUGGCGUAUACGUCGUCUCUAUUCGCUCCAAAUACUUUCCACACUAACAACCUGAGAUUCUCUCCGCUUUCUCCCAAACCAAAAACAAAUAGAAGCAUAACUGUAGCCGCCAUUCCGCCUCUUACUACUGCCUCUGCGGCAGACCUAUCUUCAUUCGACAGUACAACACUCGCCGUCAUAGGUGGAGGCUCCGUGGCUGCUUUAGCCGCGGCGUUAUCCCUCACUGACCCCGAGCGUCGGCGACGGCUCCAGGCAGAGGAGGUCGGGGGCGGCGACAAGGAAGUGGUUAAGGAGUACUUCAACAACUCUGGCUUCCAGCGGUGGAAGAAGAUUUACGGAGAGACUGAUGAUGUUAAUCGAGUGCAGCGCGACAUUAGGCUUGGCCAUUCAAAGACGGUGGAGAAUGUAUUAAUGAUGUUGAAAGACGAAGGCUCGCUGGAAGGAAUUACUGUUUGUGACGCUGGUUGUGGGACCGGAUGUCUAGCGAUUCCAUUGGCGAAAGAAGGAGCGAUUGUUUCGGCCAGCGACAUCUCGGCUGCUAUGGUGGCUGAAGCUGAGAAGCAAGCAAAAGAGCAGCUUCAAGCAGUAAACGAAAAUGCAUCACCUAUAUUACCGAAAUUUUAUGUGAAAGAUUUAGAGAGCUUAGAUGGGAAGUAUGACACAGUGAUCUGCCUAGAUGUUUUGAUACAUUAUCCACAGAGUAAAGCAGAUGGGAUGAUUGCCCAUCUCGCAUCAUUGGCAGAUAAGCGACUAAUUUUGAGUUUUGCACCAAAAACAUUUUACUAUGAUCUACUGAAGAGAAUAGGAGAGUUGUUUCCAGGGCCUUCAAAGGCAACCAGAGCAUAUCUACAUGCAGAGGCGGACGUGGAGAGAGCACUGAAGAAAGUUGGGUGGAGAAUAAGAAAGAGAGGUCUAAUUACUACACAAUUUUACUUUGCGAGACUCGUUGAAGCAAUUCCUGCAUAAAAAGGAAGAGAGUUCAAGAUUUAUGUUCCGAGCUUCUAGCUGAGCACUUAGCAGGUUGCCAUUCCUCUCGAAGACUUUGAUCAAUCGAUCUGUGAGAUUGGUGUCCUCACAUUCAUAUGAUGAUAGUGGCCUCUUCUUCCAUCCUUUCUGGGAUAUCAAUGUACCAGGAUUUUGUUCUUUGAUUGUGCCUGCAGGAGAGUAGAACAUAUGUUUCUUAUGUGCUCUGAGGCUUUAGCCCUUAGUUUGUGACCAGGGUUUAAAAAGGAGAAUUUUGUAUUAGUAAAAAAGGGAAUGGUCUGUUUAGUUGGCAAUUCAGACAAGAGUGAAGAAAAUGAACGGGAAACUUACUUGAAAUUGAGUUACCAGAUGUCGGCUGUGUCCUUCUGGGAUCCUCAGCAACAACAGUUUCCUUCUUAGAGGUCCAGCAAAUUUCAUCCUGCUCUAAUUCUUUAUAAUCUGAAAAUAAACCAUCUACUGUAGCCUCUUCAUCCUCUUCUUUCUCUGCAGCUGUCAAUCUGGCUGCUACCUCAUCUCCAUAAGCAUUCUUCAUUUCUGUUUCUACAGUAAUAAGUCUCAAGGGGAUUGCUUCAGUAGCAAAUGGCCUUCCAUCCAAGAGAUUAUAAACUUCCCUGUCAAAGAAACCAGGCAGCCUCCUUUCUCUCCUGAGUUCAUUCCUCAUCUUCCAAAAUGUUUCAUCCUCAUCUUUCCUAUGCAACUCCCAAUUUUUUAUUUUCUUAAAAUCACAGAGCAAAUUACUCCAUCUUUUCCGGCAUUGCUCGGGUCCUCUAUUGACAGCAUGCUGUUUACAAUAUGAUGAGACAGAAUCCCACUUAGGUUCAAUCUGAUCUAACCCCAAUGUAGAACUGGAUCUACAACUCCGGUAAACUCGGUUUUCAACAACUUUCUUUCCCUUUAUGAGAAUGAAGGUUUCUUCCUUA